GAUUCAGUUCUCAAUUACCGCCUCAACCGAAACAAAGCUUUUCUAGGUUUGCGUUGUUGUAAUCUCGAUGGCGCCGAAGGCCGAAAAGAAGCCGGCGGAGAAGAAGCCUGCAGCCGAGAAGCCGGUGGAGGACAAGGAGAAGAAGGCGGAGAAAGCCCCUGCUGAAAAGAAGCCCAAGGCGGAAAAACGCCUCCCCUCCAAAGACGCUUCCGCCGUCGACAAGAAGAAAAAGAAAGCCAAGAAGGGGACGGAGACCUACAAGAUCUACAUCUUCAAGGUGCUCAAGCAGGUUCACCCUGAUAUCGGUAUUUCGAGUAAGGCUAUGUCCAUCAUGAACUCCUUCAUCAACGACAUCUUCGAGAAGCUCGCCCAGGAGUCCUCCAGGCUCGCUCGCUACAACAAGAAGCCCACCGUCACAUCUCGAGAGAUCCAGACGUCUGUCCGCUUGGUGCUUCCCGGUGAGCUCGCCAAGCACGCUGUUUCUGAAGGGACAAAAGCGGUGACCAAAUUUACGAGUUCUUAAGAAUUUUUUCAAUGUUUGUGGCUAGGUAUCCGGAAAUUGCCUUAGAAAUUUAGCGUACUCCGUGGUUUAUUUUACGACGGGGAGGAAAAAAAAUUGUUAUCAUGUAAUAUGCUACUUUCCUAAGUGCAAAGUUUGCCGUCUUGUUAUCUUGA